UAGCACUGAGGGCCGAAGAGAGUCCUGGAGAGAAAAUCAAUGCGAAGUUGCAAGCCAAAAAGAGUGAAGCAGGAGGUUGGGAGGCCGGCAGAUGGGUGAGGGGGGUGUACAGAGGGAGGGGCUUUAGUGGAAAGAAAAAAGGAAGGUUAAGAGGAAGAAUGCAUUAGACUGAGAGAAAAUAAACCAGACGUCUGCUGGAGAGAAGAUCUCAUUCAAGACGUGAGCAGAAACCAUCCAGACUGCUGUCAAACAGGAUCAAGAUGUUGCUGGUGUCAAAGGUCAUUGCCCUCCUCCUCCUCCUCCUCUGUGUGAUGGAGCUUGUCUGCGCCACAUCUGUCACUCCUUCAGUGCAUCAGCCUUCUCUCACACGUGUUCGCAUUAUUGAAGUCGAUGAUGACUAUGAUGAGGAAAAUUCAAAGACGACGCGCACGCCCCAGUCUCCAGGGGUCACGACCUCUCGUGUAAUCCGCCGCCCUUGUGAUUAUGACCCCUGUGUGGUUCAGGCGACCCCUUGCGACAAGAUUUCAGCCGAGACGGGCUGCCUCUGUCCUGGGCUGACGGGGCCGGAGGAGAGACCCGAGGCUCCGGAGCUCCGGGAGGUGAAGCUGGACAGAUCCGGGGAAGUCUUUGUGCAUUGGUGCGCUCCUCGCUCCAUCGUCACUCAUUAUGAGGUCUCACUGAAAGAUGGAAGCAAGCAGCUGGUUUUCAGUGAAUACUUAAGAAACGGUUCCUUACCUGGAGUGAAAGUCGGGGAGAUGGUGUGUGUGGCAGCAGGAAAUAAAGCGGGACUCAGCGAAAAGUCAUGUGCACGAUAUGAGCCACCGCAACCCGACCAGGCGGCUGUGAGCGCAGGGAUCAUCGCGGGGUGCGUCGGAUUCCUGCUGCUGCUCUUGGUGCUCGCCGUUGUUCUGUGGAGACGAAGGACGUGUCGCAAAGAAAGGAUGGGAGACGCUGAGGGCCUCGGAAAUCCUUCAUACACCAAUGACGGAGCACUGUGAUGAGGAAAUGAAUGCAGUGAGAAUGAAACAAAAUGCAAAGAGACUGAGUUCUGUACAAGUGCAGUCAGACUGGAACAAUUAUUACUUUUUUCCCCUUCUGUUCAGCAGUGCUGCAUUUAUUUGAUUAAAAAUACAGUUAAAAUUG